GGCAUUUCAGGUUGGCAAAGGCAGAAAACGGCAAUUUGUUAUUUAACCGUCAACAUUAAUAAUGAUCUUCGAUAUACUAUGCUAAUGUAUUUCCUUGUGAAGAUGGAUUCCUAAAAGUGUUUACUUCUUACCUUACAAUGAAAAAUUACCGAUACUCCGUACUUUAUAUCGAAUCGAAUCGAUUCAAGUUUAGGUAAAUUGACUUCAAUACCCAUAUGCUUGGUUUUGAAACCUCAUAACAUAACAUAACUUUGGUUGAGCCUACCUCCUGAUUUGGGUUCCUUCUGCAACCACAAUUCUCCCUUACAAUUUGCUUUCCUUUCCUUCUUUACUGCUCGAAGAAAGAGAGAGAGAGAGGGAGAAAGAGAUGAGCAGCGGAAAGAGAUUUGAGAAGACAUUCUCAAGGAAGAAGAAGGAGACCGACAACAACAACAACAAGAACAAUGGUGGAAAGACAGAGGAUGAAGAAGAAGAACUGUUAAUUUCACAACUCAAAUCAUCAUCUCAACAACAAAAUGGAAAACCCAAAAGUAGCAAUGGCACCAAAUCCGCCAUUGUUGUCAACAAGAAGAAAACAUCUCCCACAACAACCCAGAAUAAUAAGAAGAAGAAAGAGGAGAAGAAGGUGAAGAUUGAGAAUGAAGGAAAGGAUCAAACCCAGAAGCAGAAAAGGAAGGCGGAGAAUGGGGGAGAAGAGAGGAAUGUGGAGGAUGUGAAGAAGGAGAAGAAGCCGAAGACGGCGACAAUGGCGAAAAAUCAGAGGAAGGGAAAGGAGGAGGAGAAGGAAGAGAAUUCUGAGUGUGUGUUUCCGACGAAUCGAAUAUUUCGGAUUAUUAAGAGUGAGGGUGUUUCCUCUGAUUCCAAGAUCAGUGGUGAAGCUGUUUUUCUCAUCAACAAAGCUGCUGAAAAGUUAAUUGAACUAUUCUCAAAAGAUGCGUAUGACUUUGCUGUUGAAGAUCGUAAGAGCUUCGUUGGCUACAAGCACCUUGCCUCUGUUGUCUGUAAAGAGAAGAGGCUCGACUUCCUUUCAGAUUUUGUUCCUGAGAAAAUAACAGCUGAGAAGGCCUUGGCUGAAAGAAAACCUGCAGAGACCCUACCUGGCUAGCAAAGACGUACUGCAGUUUUUCUUUUUUAUUUUACAUGUGUCUAUAGUAUCUUUCUUUUAACCAGGCAGGAGGGAGGGGAUGGAAUACGAUUGUAUGUGUCACAUCAUCCUGAAGAAAUGGAUUCAGGUUUGCAUCCUGCUCAGCCAAAUUUUGAAAGACGUCCAUGCUGUAGUUAGUGUGCGGGGAGACUUGCAUCUUUGCAGAGGGUUGUAUCUAGGGUAAUACAUGUCUAUCUGGAAAAAUCAGCCUUCUGUGAUGGUAUUGUUUACUUUGUAUCAUCUGCGCAUUGUAGAACUUAAGUUACAUUGGACUUGGCAAAGGAUUAACUUCAUGUAGUAGCUCAGGUGCAUGUGUUUAUUCAGAGAAGUCUUAACAGUAACAUCAUUAAACUAGAAAACUGAAGAAACACUGUAAAUAAGAUGCUAAUUCCAGUUAUUCCUAAUACAGCAUGCUGACAUGGAUAACUCA